UGGGGGACGGCCAGUGUGACCAGUUCGACCUGUAGGGUGACGCAGUGUGACCGACCGGACGAUUGAAGCAACAGCUGAUUUUGACACCUGCUUUCGUCGCUCUGAAAACGAAAGAAGAAGAAUUCGUUUAUUGAAAAUUAAAAAUAUUACAUUUUGCCAAUUAACAAAAUUUAUUUAGUUUAAUUGACGGAUCAUUGUGAAAGCGUACCACAUAACGUGUAUUCACAUUGUGAGUUCAAGAGUCGCAAGGGAAAUACCAGGGCUCCAAAGUGCCAAUGACGUAUUGGAAAGUCUUUUGUGUGUGUUGUGAUGAGGAUGUCAAUAUAAUUAUAUGGAUUAACUUAUGCUAAUCUAUCGUUAGCAUUGAAUACACUCAGUUGAAGUUGAUGUGGACUGUUUAGUAAUAUAUGUAUAUUUACUGCGCUUGAGACAAUGUUUCGCAGUCGUAGCUGGUUUGGCGGCCCUUGGGGGGGACGUCCCAAAAAUCGACUGUCUCUGGAGCACUUAAAGUACCUGUACAGCAUUUUGGAGAAGAAUACAACAGUAUCGGAGAGCAAUCGUGGUCUACUUGUUGAAUCAUUGCGCUGCAUUGCUGAGAUUCUCAUCUGGGGCGAUCAACAUGAUUCGCUGGUUUUUGAUUUCUUCUUGGAGAAAAACAUGUUAUCAUAUUUCCUGCACAUUAUGCGUCAGAAGAGCGGUGGUUCCAGUUUCGUUUGCGUCCAGUUACUGCAGACUCUUAAUAUACUCUUUGAGAACAUUCGAAACGAGACUUCGCUGUAUUAUUUGCUGAGCAAUAACCAUGUAAACUCCAUAAUGGUGCACAAGUUCGACUUCUCCGAUGAGGAUGUCAUGGGCUAUUAUAUACUCUUUCUAAAAACGCUUAGUCUCAAAUUGAACACACACACCAUACAUUUCUUCUACAAUGAGCACACAAAUGACUUCCCCCUCUACACGGAGGCAAUUAAAUUCUUCAACCAUCCAGAGUCGAUGGUACGAAUAGCUGUGCGUACGAUUUCUUUAAAUGUUUACAGGGUGCAAAAUGCGAGCAUGCUACGUUUCAUUAGGGACAAAACUGCUGCGCCCUACUUUAGCAACCUGGUUUGGUUCAUUGGCAAGCAUAUCCUUGAGCUGGAUACCUGCGUGCGCACAGAUAUUGAUCACCAGUCAAACCAGAAGCUAUCCAAUUUGGUUGCCGAACAUCUCGAUCAUUUACAUUAUUUAAGCGACAUUCUGCUGCUGGACAUCAAGGACCUGAAUGCAGUUUUGACCGAGCAUCUGUUGCACAAGUUGUUUGUACCUUUGUAUAUAUUUUCAUUGACACCGGCGCCUCCGCCGCCAUCUCUGGCGGUUGUCACACAAAAUCUGGCAGCCGUGCUCAAUCGGAAUGUGGACAUUGAUAUACAAGAGAUACAGCAUCCGCGCGUUAGUUCCAUUGUGGCACUUUUCUUGCUAUCUUUGGUGUUUCUUGUGGUGACACAUGCACCACUUGUACAUGCUCUGGCCUGGGUCAUAAUGAAUGGUGAUCACAGCGUUUUCAAGGAGGGUGCCGCCGAGAUACUCAACUCGUAUGUGGAACAUCGCGAGGUGGUUGUACCGGGCUUUGGUGAACCCCAUGAGAGUCUCGAACAGGCGCUGGAUACGGUCAUUGGCCAGACGACAAGCUCCAGUUCGGGCGAUGCUGUCAGUGAAGACAGCGGAGUCGAAUCAACGCCAGCCACAUCAUCUUCCCCGAUCAGCAAGCACAUUGAAACAGUGGCUGAAGCGGCAGCAACCAAGUUGCGGAACAUCACAGACGAGGAGAAGCAGCGACUGCAGCAGUCCACUUCAACGCAGGCCUAUAUUGAGAUGGCUAAACCGUUUCUGGACACCGUACUCCAAGCUCUCGAUUGCACAGAGAAUGAUUAUCUGGCAUUAUUAUCCCUGUGCCUCAUAUACGCCAUGUCUCAUAAUCGAGAUGGCAUGAAAAACGAGUGGUUCGAGCAGGUGUUAUCCAAGUCCAUGCAUGGAUCCUUUAGCUAUAGGACGGCUCUAAUUGAGCAUUUGCUUAACAUCAUCACGCAGUCCAGUCAACCAUCCUGCCGGAUUCGCCUGAUUACGGCUGAGAUCGCACUGGAGUUGCUGCUGACCUUCACCAAGUCCGCUGCGGAUGAAGCGCCGUGUAUAACUCCAACACAGCAGGGUUUACUCUUUGGAGCGCGCAAUCAGUCGAUGGUUGUGCUGCGCAACUUUUACAAGUCGGAAGACAUAUUUCUGGAUCUGUUUGAGGAUGAGUAUAACGAGAUGCGCAAGUCGCAGCUAAACGUUGAGUUUCUGUGCAUGGAUUCCAACAUUUUGCUGCCGCCCACGGGCACACCACUGACGGGAAUCGGUUUCACCCGGCGCCUGCCCUGUGGCGAGGUGGAGAAGGCUCGUCGCGCCAUACGCGUCUACUUCCUCCUGCGGCGCACAUGCCAGAAGUUCUUGAAUGAGAAGGAAUCGCUGCUGCCGCUGACGAAUGUUGUCAAUCUUGUCCAAGUGGAGAAUGUGCUCGAUCUAAACAAUAGCGACCUGAUUGCCUGCACUGUUGUGUCCAAGGACAAUGUCAAACAGAGACGUUUUCUGGUAAUUGAUGCACUGCAGCUUAUACUUGUGGAGCCUGAUGCCAAGCUGCUAGGCUGGGGAGUGGCCAAAUUUGUUGGCUUCCUGCAGGACGUCGAAGUGCAGGGUGAUAAGGACGACUCCCGAUGUUUACACAUUACCGUACAUCGCGGCGGCGUAACUCACAACCGUACACCGUUGCUCUCCGCCAAAUUUCUAUUUGAUGACCAUAUUCGCUGCAUGGCUGCCAAGCAACGUCUAACAAAGGGACGAAGCAAGGCGCGACAAAAGAAAAUGUAUCAGAUAGCACAGCUUAUUGAGAUUCCUGGCCAACUGGAUUCCCCAUUGUAUCCGGUCUGCGGCACAUCAACACAUUGCAGCAAUACGCGUAUCGUGCAAAAGGGUGCAAAUUUGAGCGCGAAUCGAGUUCCAGGAUUUGCUGCCGUCCUUCGUAGCAAUAACAGCGCCGGCAUCAGUCGCACCCAAAUGGCACACAAUCGGUCACUUGAUGGAAUUCGAAAUGAAAGCGCUGGUCGCUCACGACGUCGCAGUCCAAAUGCUGGCUCCAGUUCACCAUCGACUCUGCGUCCUGACACCGCAUCAUUCGAUCGAGAUCGUUCUCCCAGCGUUAGUGGCGGCAGUCACUGCUCUUCGCAGUCGAGAGAGAAUUCCCAGGCGCGCAGUUCCGCUAAUCGAUCCAGGGAAAACAGUCCACGUAUGCCAAGACCACGCUCGGAGGAAAUUCCUCUAGAGGAUUUUCAACACUCACGCAACAACAGUCCGCAUUCGCGCAGUGGUUUGGGUAAUCCUACUCCGUCAUCACGUUCUCAUACUCCCUCUCGGACGCUGCACUACGAUCAAAUAUCGGUACACAGUGCCUCACCGCGGGAACCGUCCUUGUUGGGUGGCUCGAACGCGAUAUUGAACCAAUUGAAUAGUGGUGUGUCCAUUGCCAGGGAAGUGACGCCGGCUCAGAGCUCCGAGGAAACAUCUUUUAUUGGCACUGAUAAUGAUGCUGCAACUUCUGCCGACGGUAGACGAAAGGGCAGGGGCACAAUUGAAACUGUUUAAAUAUAAAUUCCUAAAUUUAGUAUUGCGAUGACGUUGUAACUAAAUGUGCAUAAUUUGAAAGUUUAAUUGUCGCUAUAAUUUUGUUACUCCAACUAAUGUUUCCCCUUAGUUUUCAUUUAGCAAUAAACGUUAUUUUGACGAAUUGA